AUGGCCGACCUCUUAACAGUUGAUUCUGAUAACGAGGAAAACAAAACCAGUAUUGUUCCUGGCAAGCUACCUGCAUCUAUCGAGUAUUUGAAGCCGCGAUGCUAUGAUAUGGUAAACACUUGGAUCAGCAAGAAUCCGACUUUACAGCCUUACAUUGAGGUUUUCGUCAGAAUAUUGGAAGACGCCGGUCCUGGCCAGCGACUUUGCAACUUGAAGGUCCUGGAUCUCUCUUACGCAUUCGCGAACGAUCCAGACACCGACGGUAUCGUUACGAUGAAGGUGCUGGCAGAUGAUCGGGGUAUUACGCUAUUGUUAAAGUAA